AGCACCAUGCGAGGACCCUUGCUGAACCUGAGCCCUGGCCUGGGAGCCAGCGGCGUCGACGUGGAGUACCGCAGGACCUCCCAAGCGACGAGUCAGCUGCCUUUGAGUCCGGUGCAGAUACAACCCUCGCCGCCGUAUUACCGGCAGCCCAGCCAGGACGACGGCAGGAAGAGCGAGUCGCCGUCGAGGAAGCGACGUCGGAUAUCGAGGAACGGGACGGUGUCGGGCAUCGAGGUCCGGGAGGCGACGCCACCCGCCCCGACGCCCCCCCUGCACGCCCCCUCCGCCCCGUGGGAACUUCCCCCCGCUCCUCAGCGACGCUCCCCCAGGAACCACGUGUCCACCAGGGGAAGUCCCCCGGUUCGCAACCGGUACCAACGAUACACCGACUCCUUCGCCUUGUCCUAUCCCUUCAUCCCCGGCAUGCACGCCGCCCACCCCACCGUCCACGGGUCCCACCAUAACCCCCACAGCUCCCACCAUAACCCCCACAACGCCCACCACAAUCCGCACGGUCUGCACGGCUCCCACCAUGGGAUCCACAGUGCCCAUCAGUCGCAUCCGCACCACUCCCCGGGUGCCGGACACCACCAUCCCGCCCAGGGCGCGAACGGCCCCAUGGUGGUGGAGGUCGGCCAGGUCGGCGUCUCCGGGUUGGGCGUCGCCGUCGGGGGCGAGCCCCUCUGGCACCCCCAGGCCACUUGCUACAGGAUCCCCUGCCAGCUGCACGGCAUCUACGCGCCGACCGGGGCGCACGCCUUCGCUCAUUCCUGUCAGGUAGCCCAUCACCACCACUAUAACCACUAUUCGGACGCCCAUCCCGGCCACCCUGGGCACGGUCUGGUCGGCUCCAUAGUCGGCGCCCCUCCCAGGGGGUACCCGGCCCCCACGGGUGGACCCGUCGCGGCGCUUCACCACGCGCAUCCACCCUCCGUCCACUCCACCCAUUACACCGCUCAUCAUCAGCUGUCCCAGCAGGGGGAGAUCGAGCUGGAGCUGCUGGAGUCGCACCACCACCGGGUCGGGGGGACGGGGGGCCCGCCCUUGCCCCUGCCGCACUCGUACUCGCCCCCUGCCCUGACCCAGGUCACCACGACGCCGCCGAUCUUCCUCUCGGAGACGCGCAACACCCAGCUGGAGAUGCUCCAGCCCCGGCCCCGGCGACGGCACACCCCGGACGUCCGGAGACAGAGGCCCAGCAGGUGGAGGGGCACCCCGCCCCUGCCCCCGACCCCUUAUCCGGGUCUUCUACUCCACUUCUUCCAGACCGAGCUCUCCUCGCCCGAGUCGGCGGAAACGGAGAAUUACGAGGCUCUCCUGUCCCUGGCGGAGAGGCUCGGAGAGGCCAAGCCCAGGGGGCUGACCAGGGCCGAGGUCGAGCAGCUCCCUAGCUACAAGUUCAACGCCGAGACCCACCAGGGUGACCAGACCAAUUGCGUCGUCUGCAUGUGCGACUUCGAGGCACCCCAGUCCCUCCGGGUCCUACCCUGCUCGCACGAGUUCCACGCCAAGUGCAUCGACAAGUGGCUCAAAUCAAACAGGACGUGCCCCAUCUGCCGCGGCGACGCCGGGGAGUACUUCGGCAACGGCGGCACCGGGAGCGACUGACGCCAGCGGGUGCACUAGCGCCAGGUCGCGACGGGGGAGACCCCCGGGUCGGUGGUCCCGAUUAUGGGGCUCCUGGUCCGCGCGAACCCCUGCAGGUGAAGGGUGCCUCCCGGAUGUCCUCCCACCAGGGCGAAGCGGUCGCUCCAGACCCAGGAGAGGAGCCUUCCAGGGUAGGUUGGAGGCGCCCAGGAGAUGACGUCCGAUGUUUCGACCUCGGGGCACGGCUCGGAGGGUUGCGUUUGGCUUAAUGAUAGUUUCUUUUCCAUUUUUUUUCCCCUUUUCUUCCUUUUAAUGUUAACCCCAUCCCUGCGUUGCCUGCGCCGGACGUUAUGUCGAGUUUAUGUACACCCAUAUAUCUAUGCAUAUAUGAGGGUGUAUACAUAUAUUAUUACUUUCCAAUAAUGCAUUAAGUUUAUCCCAAACCUCGUUUAUUGUUAGUUCUCGCGCGGUGACGUAAAUGUACAUAAUUGAAUACAAUUACGCGUACGUGUAGUAUAUACGUUGUGUGUAUACAAACGAGUUUAGGGCUUUGUUUGUACAUCUAACCAAAUGUAGCCGUUAAGUUUCGUUUUUUGCAAUAAUUAGACGCGGAGAGAGGGAGAGGGAAUGUUCUCGGGUACGAGGCAGGCCAUGUGAGGUUUCCUUUUCUCUUUCUUUCUUCAUUUUUUCUCCCUUGUUUUUUGUUGUAGCGAGAGGCUUGUUGAGGGAUUUUGAGGUUAAGGGACGCGAGGGCAUGACUUUUUUUUCCCUCGUUCUCGUGGUAGGUAGAUUUUGCGGAUUUUCUUGUUUCGUCGAUCGAGAGAUUAGGUGUAAAAUUCCAGCGAGGUAGGUGUCGUGAAUUCUGCAAAUUUGCUUCCCUACUUUUUAUUGUCGCUUUUAGUUUCUUCUUGCGUGCCUUUGUCGGUUCAAAGUAUCGGGGAGGGUGAGGAAGUUUAAGAGAGAAUAUGUCGGGCAUAAUUUCCACGUGUUUGAGAGAGAGGAGCAACCAUAUAUACGUAAGAGAACAAUGUCCCUUAACGUUUACGGGGGAGUAAAAAAUGGAACUCGGCUCACUGCCACGAGCCAGAGAAAAGCAAUAUGGCCGCGGUGGAUUUUAACGGUCGCGUUUUCUAGAAAUAAAAAUAAGUAUAGACGAAAAGGAAGAAAGAGAGUACCCUUAACCUCUGUAGACGAUCUACCGGUGCAAUAAACUAUUUCAGGAAAAUUAA